GUGAAGCGGAGGGACCAAUGAGAACGAGACGUUGAAUGACAGCUGUCCAAUAGGGACCCUCAGUGCUGGUACGGUUUGCGGCUUAAGCGCCGCCGCGGUCUGAGGAAUGUCAACUAUUCAACAUGGAGGCGGAGGUCGAUAAGCUGGAACUGAUGUUCCAGAAAGCUGACUCUGAUCUGGACUACAUUCAGUACAGGCUGGAAUAUGAAAUCAAGACUAAUUAUCCUGAUUCAGCAGGCAAGAAAAAUCCAGUUACACUUUUAAAGGAAUUGUCAGCAAUAAAGUCUCGAUAUCAAACUUUGCAUGUUCGCUUUAAACCAAUUGCUGUGGAGCAGAAAGAGACUAAGAGCCGCAUUUGUGCUACUUUCAAUAAGACUAUGACCUUGAUACAAGAACUGCAAAAGGAAACAGACCUGGAGAGAUCACAAAGAAAAACAUGGAAUCAUGGAGAACAAAGUCUUGCCAGAAUAAUAUCAUUUCCUGUUUUUCAGAUAGAAGAGGGAAAUUUUGUCACUAUUUGAGUUGCAUUGUUACCACUGACUGAAGAAGAGAAAACUGCAGCAGAGCAAUUAAGAGCUUACAUGUCAGACUUAUGAGGAAGAAAUGGACUUGCCAAAAGGAACUCUAAUGGGGAAGAAAUCAAUCCCAGAAAUUUAGGAAGAUGUCUUGUUAACGUUGAUGACUAUUGGUCGGGAGAUGACAAAGGAGAUUUGGCUUGGGUGACUGGAUAGUGAGGCCUUCCACAGAAGAGGGGGAUGCAAGAGAAGGGCAGAUAUUGUAUUAAUAAAGUUCAGCCAAAGGGGCAGAUUGUAAAUAAAGAGAUUUU